CUCUUUCUCUCUCUCUCUCUCUCUCUCUCUCAGAUGUAGGUCAGUGGAGAGAUCUGAGUCACUGUGAUCCAGUCUGGAAGGAACAGCGUGAGUGACUGCAGCAAGGAAAACACCAGGAGAAUAAAACAGUGAUGUCUCGGGAAAGUCCGAGUGGCUGGAGUGUGUGGGAUGGGAGCAGGGAGGCCAUUCCUGCUGUGACGACCCUUGACCCAGAGGAGCGAGGGGUGCAGUCGGACUCUGAGGAGUACCAGCCCGUGACGGAGUGUGUUCCCGCUGAAACGCCUCUGGUGGUUCCUGUAACCGGAGAGUCGUUCUGUCAGUGUCCGACACAAACUGACCUGAGCUCUCAAACACAGCUGGACAUGUACGCACAUGAGUGCACCUGCGGAGAGGACGAGUCAGGCUGUGUGUGGGUGUGGCAUGAAGAGUGUAAAUCUCCUGCAGUGUUGCUGAGCUGCUCUAACAGGAAGGUGAGUUUUCACCCCGAUUACAGCUGCGGCACAGCGGCCGUCCGCGGGUCAGCAGAGCUACGGCACGGUCAGCACUUCUGGGAGAUAAAGAUGACCUCGCCUGUGUACGGCACUGACAUGAUGGUGGGAAUCGGAACGCCGGAGGUGAAUCUGGAUCAGUUCAGGCACAGUUUCUGCAGCAUGCUGGGAGCAGACGCCCACAGCUGGGGGCUCUCCUACACAGGUCUUCUGCACCAUAAAGGGUCAAAGGUCAGUUUUUCUCCACGGUUUGGUCAAGGCUCCAUUAUUGGACUUCAUCUGGACACUUGGUACGGAACUCUAACCUUCUACAAGAACCGCCGGUGGAUUGGUGUGGCUGCCACGGGGCUGCGCAACAAGUCCUUCUACCCCAUGGUGUGCUCCACUGCAGCUAAGAGCAGUAUGAAGGUGAUCAGCUCAGUCUCCGCCCCCACCUCCCUGCAGUACCUGUGCUGUAUUCACCUGCGAGAGUACCUGCCGGACACGCCGGACGCUCUCUCUGCUCUGCCCUUACCGCCGGGGCUAAAGCUACAGCUCAGCCAGCAGCUCGGCUGGGUGCUCAGGCUCAGAAAGCCCGAGGCGUCCACAAAUACCUGUGCUGAGGAUUCCCAGCCAGGCCAUGCCCCCUAUCAGAGCCCAUACCUGGACUCCACCUCCUUAAAACCUGCACACACAUACCUGUCCCCUCAUUCUGACUCAGCAUCCUUCACACCAGCAAACACAUACCUGAGCUCUCAUCCUGACUCCGCCCACAUACCUACACACACACACCUGAGCUCUCCUCCUGACUGCGCCUCCUUCACGCCCGCAGAUACAUACCUGUCCCCUCAUCCUGACUCCGCCUCCUUCACACCUGCUGAUACACACCUGACCUCUCAUCCUGACCCCGCCUCCCUUCUUGAUGCUGCAGCAACUCCUGACUCUGCCUAUUGCACACCUGCAGACACAUGCCUCACCUGUCGUCCUGACUCCGCCUCUUACUUUGAUGAUGAUAACGCUGCAUAUCCUGACUCUGCCUAUUGCACACCUGCACACACAUACCUGUCCUCUCAUCCUGACCCCGCCUCCUGCAAAGAUGUUGAUCCUGAUUCGUUCUCGGACCUUGGCUCCUGUUCUGACUCCGCCUCCUGUUCUGACCCCGCCUCCUGCCCUUGCUGCGAUGCUCCUUUUUCUCUUGUGACCUGUGGCCGUGACGACUGCCUCUCUAGUGCCUCCUGCUGCUCAGGUCCCGCCUCCCGCCCUGCCUCCCCUCUUCCUGAUCACUUCUGCUGCCCCGCCUCUCCUCCUCCUAACCCCACCCACUCUAGGCCAGGCGCCACCUCUGGGAGCGACUCCGACAGCUGCACUUCGGAAACCUGCCAGAGGAAACGCUGCCGCUGGACAUGA